UCGUUCCUCACCUGUCAAGGUGCUGAACUUGCUCAAAUCCAAAUACCAGUAUUUUAGAAACAACCGAGCCGGCAGCACACACUUAAAAAUUUAAUGUGACUUUGGAACUUCAUACGGGGAAAACAGUUCGAGCCGUUCUAGAGUCAUGGAUGAGGACUCAGAAAUCCCGCCUGAUGAAGCAUGCGCUGCAUUCAGCAGCGUUAACACAGUCGCCAGUGUCUCAACCAUGGUCGCCAACUCCAUCGUGGUUACGAAUCCAAGCAGUGUGACGCUCUCCCGGAACUUGGGAAUCGAGUCCACGCGACUUCUCUUCAUGGGCAAUAACUUUCAAAACGGCCGCAGUGACCAGGAUAUCUUCUAUGAUUGCGAGGAUAUGCCUGUGCCAGCGGUGGGCGUGGGCCGGGCUGCCGGGCCCAGUCGGUGCCAGCUGGACGAUCCGGCUGCAAUACGAGAGGCCCUGGAACGGGCGGCCAAUGCCACCCAGAUGUUGUUGAAAAAUUUCGACAAGUCAGGCGGCUGGAAUCAUCCUACCGGCGUCACCCUGGAGUUGACCGCGCGCUUGGUGAACCCAAAGAAAUCUAAAUGUGGCCGUCUGAUGCACGGCAAGCCGGUCACCGUUCAGAUGCCGCUCGAGUUCAAUUCGCAAGGUGGCAAGAUACCAAGUUGCCAGAAGAGGAAAAUAGAGAAAAUAGCACCACCCAAGGCCCGAGCGGGUCCAGUGUGUCAGUGCCGCCCCCAGCAUCCGGUGCAACAUGUUCCGAUGAACGAUUGUGCGGCCGAUAUGAUGGCUCCCAAUGCAGGUAAAUCUAGCGAACAGUUCCAUCCCUGUGAAUCUGCUAUGGCCGAACGCUCGCGAUCGACUGCCAUUUUGGGCAGCUGCGGUGACUCCUCCUCUCGCUCCUAUGCCUGUCAGCGGAGCACAUGUUGCUGUCGCUUCGAUCCUGACGAACGCGAGGUGAUAUCUAUAUGCUAUAUACCGAUAUCCGAACCGCAAUCGGAGUCCGAGCAGGAAGUGUCGUUGCUGGAGGAAAGGAUAGAGGAGAAGCCUGUUGUGGAGGAACUAACACACAUGGCCUUGUACGAGUCGGAAUCUGCGUCCGAAGAGUCCGAGUCCAGUGAGUACAGCUCCGAGGAAGCGGAAAAGACGGAAAAGACAGAAAUGCCAGAAAGGGAAAUAGCGGCGCAUCCACAGCCAGAGCCAAAGUUAGAGGUUCCGCCGUCCAAACGAUAUUACCUGGCACUGCCCCAGAACAAGGAUUUCUCCAACUGUUCGCCCUGCCGAUUCGACCCGAGUCCCAUCAUGGACGAGGACGGCAAUGUGUUCUGUCCGGGCAACUGCGGUUGCUGCCUGUGUCCAUGGAUGAAGCGCUCCCUCGCCACCAAUUGGGAGCACAUCAAUGUGAAGGUCUGCCGCUGUGUCCAGCGUGGCACGAUCUUCACCAAGUUCGAGGACCGUGAGGUCUGCAGCCAGACAUCCUACUUUGACUUUUGUCCGUGCCGGGAAAAGGCGGAAGCCAAGUACUUGGAGCUCUAUCACCGAGAGAUGUGGAGCAAGCCGGAUGCCAUCCGCGGUCGGGAGAUCCGGCUGGCUGAGAUUAAGGAAUUGCUCGUACCAGUGCCGCACCCCACCGAAUAAAAUGUGUUUCCCCAUUCAAAAUUCGAA